AUGCUAUCCCGGCGUCCAUUGUUGUUAUGGCUUGCAUUGCUGCUAGCUCAAAGUUUAUCCGUACAAGCCGAUGAGACACGCAUUACCAGUGAUGACCUCUUUACCACGGCAUGCUCUGGCAUAUGGAGUAAGGACGAUGUCCCCGGAAAUGACGAGUCCUUUAUUAAAGUGACGCUCGACAACACUUCUCAGGGCAAGACAGCCAUGCUUAUCUAUGAAUGGAAUGAUUUCGAUCGCAUUGGGAUGGUUAAUAAUGAAACUGGCCAGGUGCAAUACAUCUGCGAUGACUAUGCUGUCGACAAUCACAUCUGCGACGCUGUUGACUAUGGCACAUUUAUCGUCAAACAAGAUCCCAAUGAUAACUCAUCCAUCUUUACCACUGCAUUCAGCCUGAAGAAGAACGAGACAGCCAUGCCUGAGAUUGUGCUAUACAAGGUGGAUCAUACAGGAUACUAUUGUGUGGCUAUCAUUCAUGCCAAUCUUGAGCCUGAGGAAGGUGAUCGUUUCGAUGCAUGGAUUGAAUGGCGACUUCCCUAUGGCAACCUUCCAGCAUCCGAUUAUCCCAAGUUACUGUUUUAUGGUGCAUUCUCGAUUGCGUAUUUGGCUGUAGGUAUUGCCUGGGGUAUCCAAACUUAUCGAUUCUGGAACGACAUUUUGCCUGUGCAGCACUUUUUAUCGGCAACCAUAUUCUUUCUCAUUGUUGAAAUGGCCAUCAAUUGGGGUUUCUGGGAAGCAUAUAAUCAAGCAGGAUCGCCUUCAUACGGCCUUUUAGCAUUGGUGGCAUUUAUGAACGCUGGCAGAAAUAGUAUGUCAUUCUUCAUGUUGCUGGUGGUAUCCUUGGGAUACAGCGUGGUAAAGCCAAGUCUUGGAUCCACCAUGAAAAAAUGCGUCGUUCUUGCUGGCACACAUUUCUUUUUCGGUGUUAUCUACUCUUUGGGUGUGAUGUUGCUAUCGCCAGAAUCGGCUGGAUUCAUGGUUUUACUGGUUAUCUUCCCUCUUGCAUUGACCAUGUCGGCAUUUUACGUGUGGAUUUUCAGCUCGCUUACCAAUACGAUUGCCACGCUAGAGGUACGCAAGCAACAUGUCAAGGCAUUGAUGUACACAAGGCUUCAUCGAUUACUCGUUUUCUCGGUGUUUAUGGUCAUUGUCAUUUUCAUUCUCAACAUGUUUGCCUUUAGCGGACGCAAUCAAGUAGACUGGGCUGCUAAAAGCUGGAAAUGGCGGUGGAUUACCAUGGAUGGUCUCCUUAAUUUGCUCUACUUUGUGGUAUUCCUGGUCAUUGUUAUCUUAUGGCGUCCUACAAGCAACAAUCAGCGUUAUGGUUUGCAACAAAUCAGUCAGGAUGAAGAGGAAGCUAUCGCUCUUGAAAAUCAACUUCGUCACGCCGGCUUGGAUGCCGAUAGCACAGCCAUCUUUGAUUUGGGAGAUGAUGACAUGAGUGAUAACGGUGACCACCACGGCAGCAGCAAAGUGAAGCUCAUGACCGUACCCAACCAUGAGAACGAUCAACAUGAAUCAAGUAGCAACCAUGUCCAAGCAUCAAGCAGCAGGGAAAACAUCAACAAAAAGGAUGAUCCUAGCGAAGAUGAGGAUGAUGAGGAUGAUGGACCUGAUGAUGAUGAACGAGCCCAUUUGACAAGCAAUGCAAGAAAGUAA